AUGACCAUAGUGCCCCUUAUCUUAUCUCCUCAUCCCAAACGCAUAGGGCGCCGUCGCUCACAUCGGCUUGGGCGCAGCUUUUCUAGCGGCGGCGGCUUCCAGGGCGUGGGGCUGCCUCCCGGUCGCGGCUCCAAGGUGCGGGCGCGGCCUUCCUCUAGGUGCGGGGAGGCCACGGCGGCCGCCCGUGGGUCAGCGUGCGCGCGCCGAGCGGCGGCGGCAGGCGCCCUGCAGCGGCUCUCCGGCGGCGUCCGCCUGCAGGGUUUUCUCAUUUCAGAUUGGGAGGGCAUUGACAGGAUCUGUGAGCCACAAAAGCCUCGAGGGUCGGAUUAUCGCUAUUGCAUUGCACAAUCAGUAAAUGCAGGAAUGGACAUGAUUAUGAUACCUCACAGGUUUGAGGAAUUUUUGGACGAUAUUGUGUUCUUGGUGGAGACGGGGGAGAUACCAAUGUCUCGGAUUGAUGACGCUGUUGAGCGAAUUCUGAGGGUUAAGUUUAUUUCUGGAGUGUUUGAGCAUCCAUUUUCAGACCAAUCUCUACUGGACAUAGUUGGCUGGCGUGAGGCUGUUCGCAAGUCUUUGGUACUUCUGAAAAAUGGCAAGGAUCAGAAGGAGCCAUUCCUUCCAUUGGCCAAAGAUGCAAAAAUAAUACUGGUUGCAGGAACACAUGCUGACGAUAUUGGAUAUCAAUGUGGGAUCCGUUUGGCCGGAGGUUUUGAGGAGAUGGAUGACGAGGACUACUCGUGGGUGCGGCGCACCAGGUUCUCGCAGUCCAUCGUCAGGUCCAGCUCCGGCAGGGAGCAGUAUGGCGCGUUCAUCGAGCAGUUCAGUCGUGGCGCCGAGCUGAGGCAGAAUGGGUUGGGCACAGGGUACAAGCACCCUCACCAGAAGGGGGUCAUCGGCCUGAACUUGGACAUUCCUCAGCGGCAUGUGGUUCGGCCAUCCAAGGAGAGCCCAGACGCGCUGGAUUUCUCUUUCCACUCGGACGAGCACAGCCAGAGGCUCCAGAGAGUUUGUUCCAGCGCUGCUCCUUUCUUUAUGAAGGAUGCAACAGCAACAGCUGAUUCAUGUCAUUCUCUUUUCCAGCUUGGUUAG